AUGAUGAUGCCUAAUCCUACAGAAAACAAUUGGGAUCCUUCUUUAACAAGAUUACUCACAUCUUUGAAGGAGGUACAAUCAAAUGGGGAAGAUGUAGCGUUUUUAAGUGAGCUACUACAAUCAAAACAAUUGCAUGCACUUGUACAAGUCCACAACAAAAUAGUAGCAAAAGGGAAAGAUGAUAAAUUCUACCCUCUAUUGUCCAAUGCUAUGCAGGUCACUUUAGAAGUUCUAGAAAUGUUUGGGGAGUUAAAAACUGUCUCUAAGGAAUUUCAAGAGCUCUUGAGUCUGUUGCAAAAACCACAUUUCCAGGCUAUUCUGUGUACACAUGAUGCAGUCGCCCAAAAGGAUUACUAUCCACAUUUACCAGACGUACCGCCUGAUGCUGAUGAAGAUGAAGAAACUGUGAAGAUAGUGCAAUUAGUGAAAAGUGAUGAACCUUUGGGUGCGACGAUAAAAACGGACGAGGAAACGGGUAAGAUCGUGAUUGCUCGCGUGAUGCACGGCGGCGCUGCUGAUCGAUCUGGCCUCAUUCAUGCUGGGGACGAGGUCAUCGAAGUGAAUGGGAUCAGUGUCGAGAACAAAACGCCCGCUGACGUGCUCGACAUUUUACAAAGUUCUGAAGGGACAAUAACUUUUAAACUAGUGCCUUCGUUCGGCAAGGGCGGUUCUCGCGAGUCCAAAGUGAGAGUUCGAGCUCUGUUUAACUACAACUCGGACGAAGAUCCGUACAUUCCUUGCAAGGAAGCUGGACUAAACUUUAAGAAGGGAGAUAUUUUGCACAUUGUCUCCCAGGAUGACGCUUAUUGGUGGCAGGCACGCCGUGAAGGUGAUAAGGUCAUGCGAGCUGGCCUCAUACCCUCCAGGGCACUGCAAGAGGGCCGAAUAAUUCACGAGAGACAGAUGGACCCUCAAUGUGUUGAUGGUAAACCUGCCCUCUGUUCGCCGACCAACACCAACACGGAUUGCAGUCCAAAAACACCGUGCUCGCCCACGCCGAACGCAACUGCCUUACUACCAUGCAAAUCAACACCUAAAGUCAAGAAGAUCAUUUACGAUAUUAAGGAGAACGAUGACUUCGAUCGGGAAAUGAUACCAACAUAUGAGGAGGUGGCGAGACUGUACCCGAGACCCGGUUUCGUGAGACCAAUCGUUCUGGUCGGUGCGCCCGGCGUAGGAAGGAAUGAGAUGAGACGGCGGCUAAUAGCUACUGAUCCGGAGAAAUACGUUACACCUAUACCAUAUACAUCUCGACCCCAGAAACCGAGUGAGCAGAACGGAAAGGAAUAUGUCUUCGUCACGCGUGAGAAAAUGGAACAAGAUAUAGCUGAGGGAAAAUUCAUUGAGCAUGGGGAGUAUAAGGGCAAUUUGUACGGGACGUCAGCGGAGAGUGUCGAAACUAUUGUUAAUUCUGGUCGAGUGUGCGUCUUAAGUCCACACUGGCAAGCUUUGAAGAUGCUUCGCACUCCCCGUUUGCGCCCCUACAUUGUGUUCGUGAAGCCACCAUCCUUCGAGCGUCUUGUGGACACGAGAACAAAUGCAAACGCUCGGUCUACCUUCGACAAAGAGAGCUCUAGGGCUUUUACGGAAGAAGAGUUCCACGACAUUGUUCGCUCUUCGACGCGAAUCAAUUUCCUCUACGGCUACAUGUUUGACGAGGAGAUUGUGAACGAAGACCUGGCAAGUGCGCUGACCCAGCUUCUCAAGACCUCGUGGAGGGUCCAGUCGGAGCCCCUUUGGGUUCCAGCUUCGUGGGUACACUGGAGAGCGACGUCCAGUUGCCACCAGUCUGAAGAGUGUAGGAGCCGACACACAAAGGACAAAAUAAAGAGGCGACCAACUCAGACCUCAAGCAAUGAGGUGGGAGAACUUAGUCCAGGUUCUAUCGGGUUAGAGUACCACCCCUACGCUUAUUUCCGCUGGAGAGCGACGUCCAGUUGCCACCAGUCUGAAGAGUGUAGGAGCCGACACACAAAGGACAAAAUAAAGAGGCGAUCAACUCAGUCCUCUAUUGUUAUAAAUAGGAGCCUUUGUAGCCUGUAA